AUGCAGUCCGGUAUCUCAGUCUCAUCAGACCUACAAAAUGCCUUCCAAGCAUUUACCUCCGACGAAUCCCAAUUCGCCUUACCCAUAACCAUCGACUCCGAAAGCCUCAAACCACGACCCUCAAUCCCCUUCUCCGGCUCAUCCUUCUACUCCUCCCUGCCACAGCUUCAAUCCGUCCUCGAGCCCAGAACGCCUCUUUUCCUGGUCCUUCGUCAUCAUUCGUCCUCUGUGGGGGGACUGAUAGCAUUGACGUACAUCCCUUCCAAUGCCGGUGUUAGGGCAAAGACGUUAUUUGCUUCGACACGCGCCACAUUGACUCGUGAAUUGGGUAGUGAGAAGUUCGUGACUACGGUUUUUGCGACGGAGGAGGAAGAAGUGUACGGAGAAGAAGCAUGGAAAGAGCGCGAUCUUGAGGGAAAUGGAACUUCGACCUCGUCGUUCAAGAGAGAGGAAUUGAUGGAUGAGAAAGAAAGAGAGUUGGAGCUUGUUAGACGUGCCGAAGAGGAGGCUAGACAUGGUACGGCUGGAAGGGAUGUAGGUACAGGCGGAAGUCUAGCACGGGUUAGUGGGAUUGCGACGGGGGGUGGGAUGGGUGUAAAUAUGCCUGUGGAUGAAGAUGCGAAGACUGCAUUAAAGAAUAUCCAGGACGGGGGGUUGGUUCAACUGUCCAUCGAUGUCAAAUCCGAAAACAUCAAACUCAACUCUACCGAGUCAAAUGUCUCGCCGAGUGAAGUGGCCUCGCACAUAUCAGACUCUUCGCCACGAUAUACCUUCUAUCACUAUCCUGGAUCAAGCGUUGUGAUCUUCAUUUACACGUGUCCCUCGGGAUCGUCCAUCAAAGAAAAGAUGUUGUAUGCAAGCACGCGUCGAGUAGCGAUUCAGUUGGGUGAGGCGGAGGGUAUCCAAAUCGAGAAGAAGAUCGAAGGAUCGUCGCCGGAUGAAAUCACUGCCGCACGACUGCAGGAAGAGGUUGCCCCACGACAGGACGAUGGACCAAAACGGGGAUUUGCUAGACCUAGGCGCCCUGGUCGGUAG